AUGUCAAUCCAAAAGCCUGCUGUCAAAUACUAUGGACACUUACCUGUGGUUAUAAAGGGUUGCACAAUGAACAGACCAAUUAAUAAUGAUCUAGCUGCUGUUGGAGGCAUGCUUUUACAGACUUGUGAUUACAUUUUUCUUGAACCCUCAAAAGACUACUCCGGUAGAGUUGCUUGUACCAUUCCUGAAGAAGAUUCAACUUCCUUAGUCUUUGACAAGCUGAGACAAAUAGAUAAGAGGUUGGAAAAUCAACAGAUGUGCCCUUCUGAAGUUCUAGCUAAUAAUGAACCAGUCAAGCCAGUUGCUGAUCCCAAAAAGGAAGACAUAUGGGAAAAUAUAUUACAAUAG